GUUAUUUUUUCAUUGGUUUCUAUGAUCAACAACAAACAAGAGUGAGGUACAAGAAACUGUCGUAUUUUUCAGCCGAAAGAGACCUAGAUAUCUUCGAUUCAAAAUGCCUCCAAAGAAGGGGAAGAAAAAGGGUAAGAAGAAGUCUGCCAAGGCCAAGACCCCAACUGUCAUUGAUGGAAUCUCUACAGAGGAAAUGUCUAAGGAACAGUUGGAGGAGCAUAUCACGAGGUUGAGAGAGGAGUUAGAUCGGGAGAGAGAAGAGAGGAAUUACUUUCAGCUUGAGAGAGAUAAAGUGAAUACAUUCUGGGAGAUCACCAAGAGGCAAUUUGAAGAGUCUAAAGCUGGUCUUAGAAAUAAAGACAGAGAAAUGGAAGAUGCUGAAGAGAGGCAUCAAGUUGAAAUCAAGGUUUACAAGCAAAAGGUCAAGCACUUGUUGUACGAGCAUCAGAAUAACAUAUCUGAACUUAAAGCAGAGAGUGCAGUGGCAUUGAAGCUUGCCCAGGAUGAUAACCGUUCAUCGGAAGGUGAUCUCAGGAAAGAUAAACGCAAUCUUAAAGUCUCUCUCAAGGAACAGGAGCUAGCACAUGAGGAUAUCAUCAAAGAUCUCAAAAUGAAAAAUGAUGAGUUAGUAACCAAUCUUAGAGCAGACUUUGAAAGAGAAGCAAGAGAAAUCGAAGCUAAAUACGAGAGGAAGAUGCGUUCAUUGAGAGAAGAGCUUGAACUACGACGAAAAACUGAAAUUCAUGAGAUUGAGGAGAGGAAGAAUAGUCAGAUCAAUACACUAAUGAGGAAUCAUGAGAAAGCUUUCAGUGAUAUCAAGAAUUACUACAAUGAUAUCACACUCAAUAACCUGGCUCUCAUUAACUCACUCAAGGAACAAGUAGAAGAAAUGAAGAAGAAAGAGGAGAGGAUGGAGAAGCAUAUGAAUGAGAUCCAGGCUGAGAAUAGACGUCUGAAAGAACCAUUAGAGAAAGCAAGAGAGGAGGUAGCAGAACUAACCAGACAACUAGCCAAUUAUGAAAAAGACAAGGCUUCAUUGGCGAGUGCUAAAGCAAGGUUAAAGAUCAUGGAUAAGGAAUACAAAGAUCUUCAAUGGGAACAUGAUGUACUGGAACAGAGAUUUGAACAGUUACAGAGUGAAAGAGAUGAAUUGUAUGCCAAGUUUGUGAAGGCCAUCCAUGAGGUACAGCAGAAGAGCUCCUUUAAGAACCUUCUUCUUGAAAAGAAACUCGGCGCCCUCUCCGACACAUUAGAGAAGAAGGAGGCUCAACUCAACGAGGUUCUUUCUGCAUCCAAUCUGGAUCCUACGGCACUCACUGUGGUUACAAGAAAACUGGAGGAUGUCUUGGAUUCCAAGAACAGUGCCAUCAAAGAUUUGCAGUAUGAGCUGGCUCGAGUCUGCAAGGCACACAAUGACUUGCUACGUACAUAUGAGGCCAAGCUACAGGCGUUUGGCGUUCCAACUGAAGAGCUAGGGUUCAAGCCUCUUGAGAGCACGAUAGGGGGACAGCAGCUGGGACAGGGAGCAGCGGGAUUGGUGGCUGCUCCUACAUAAUCUUGUUCUAUGGUUACUUACCAUUCUAAGAACAUUUGUGGAAUAUUCAUAUAAACUCACUUUAUCAUCUUGAAUUUUCAAAGUCAUACUGGAAGUACAUCAUUUUCUGAUUGGUUUGAUAUGUAUCUUCAGUAGCAAGUCUGUGACACCCUCCAUUUAUUCUCUCUUGAAUAUCAUUAGCCAUUCUGCAAGUACCAACUAUCUCACUAGUUGAUAUUUAUUUUGGAAGAAUGUCUACGACCCAUACUUUUCAUUGUUAUUUUGUAAACAUGCACAUACCAAAGUACAUCAUUGAUUUAGGCAUUAAGUGUCUUUAUGUAUCACAAUUACUUCGAGCAUCAAUUAGUUACACAAUUGAAGCAUUCACAAAAAAAUGUUCUUAUGAUCUAAUAUUGAAAUAAAAAUAAAUGCCCAAUAUCACAUAUUGAAACACAACAGUCCUGACAUCAGAGAGAAACAAAUUGCAUGUAAUAGAAUGUUAUCUUUAUUAUGUGCAUUACCUUUUCCGUCCAAAAUCAAAUUAUUUUAGGAAGCCCAGGGAUAUUUAUUUUUUAGUUUAACUUUUACCUUUCAGAAUUCUCUGAUAUUUGAAUUGGGUGGGGACGGAUCUUAGGCUCACCUUCUACAUUUCAAGUAUUUGUAGAGUUGAAAGAUAUUACACUCUUUGGUUGAACUAUUAUUGGUAAUAUCAUCACACUACCUUAGAUUGUGACUAGAGAAGCCUGUCCAUCAUAUUAUCCCAAGUGCUUAUAUUUUUCAAAGAAAAAAUUAUUAGCAUUUUGUAACUUAAAUACCCAAAUUCACAAAGAUGAUAGAGAAUAUGUCAUUACAAUUUCCUUACAAACAUGGUUCAUACAGAUUUCAUGCAUUAACACUUGAUUCAACAUACAUUCUGUAUUUAGACAGGUCUAGUAAUGAUUGCUAACCAAGCAUCACUGUUUGUCAUAGGAUGCUAAAUUCAUGAUUGCAUUUGAUUGUUGCUGGGCUUGAAAAAUGAAUGAGCCUAAUGUUUACGUAAAUUACUUUUUAUGAACCCUUUUGGACCCUUUUAUUAAGAUUAUGUGCUAAAUUUAGCACGACCAAAGGAUGACAUUUGCAUGAACCAUUGAUUCAAAUGCACCUUUAUGAAUUUGGGCUAGAGACCUUCAAUUGAUUCAUGUUGCAGGAUGUAGGUCUUACAGAGGCAUCAAAAUUCAUAUGUGGUAUAUAUUCUACACUUUGUGUGUUUAAGUUAAUUCACUUUACACAUUGAGUUCAUACAGGUGUACUUAUAUUUUAUGUAAAUAUUUGUAAAAAAAAUAUUGGAUUAUAGAAAAUUUGUAAAAGUUCAUUGCUUUGAUGAACAUAUGUUUGUUCAUCAAUGUGAAUAAAAUGCUUAUAAGAGUGUA